AUGACGCAAAAUCGAGGCCCAGGCCAAGUGUGUAUAAAGCUGACGAUUCAAGCGCAGUUUGUGAUCAUCGCUCCGGGCGUCUUGAAUCAUCCUAAAGUGCCAGAUAUUUCAGGACUUGACGAGUUCCAGGGGCAUGUGUUCCACACUGCGCGCUGGGACUACGGUUACACUGGCGGUUCACUCAGAGACCCAGUAUUGACCGACUUGAAAGACAAGAGAGUGGGUAUUAUUGGCACCGGAGCAACCGCAAUUCAAGCCGUCCCACAGCUCGCAAAGUGGGAAAAAGAGCUCUAUGUCUUCCAAAGGACGCCAGCGAGGGUAGAUAUCCGAAAUCAAAUGGCGACCGACGAAGCCUUGUGGAUUAGCAAAAUUGCUGGCAAACCCUGGUGGCAGCUAGCACAGCGGCAGAACUUCAAUGCAGUUCGCGCGGGGGCUUUGGUUGACGAGGAUCUGGUCGCUGAUGGAUGGUGCGCAACACCCUCCGCGGCAGCUAGUUUAGGCAGUCCUGUGAAAGGAAUUAUCUCGCCAGAAAGAGUGAAGGACCAUGGCGCCGAAGUCUAUGCCAUAGACCAGGAGAGUUCUGAAAGGACCCCGGGCUUCCACGAUGAAUAUCUCGCUUCCUUCAAUCAGAGUAACGUUCACCUUGUGGACACUGAUGGCAAAGGUAUCGAGCGUCUCAACUGGAGGGGCCUCAUCGCUAACGGAAAGCAAUAUGACAUUGAGCUUUUGCUUUUCGGCACGGGAUACCGAGCCCCAGCCGCACACAGCGGGAGCCCUGCGGUUGCCGCAAAAAUCACCAUCGCUGGAUGGGAAGGCCGGUCCCUGGAGGCAAAGUAUCUCUCUUGCGGGGUGUCCACACUUCACGGAAUCAGCUCGCACGGCUUCCCGAAUCUGUUUUACUUCGGCACAUCGCAGGCUGCCUCUGCUUUCAACAUCGUCUGCAUGGCCGAUGUGCAGGUCCAGCAUAUUGCAUAUAUUCUGACCGAAGCAACGCGCCAGCAUGACCAUGCGGUGGUCGAAGUCACAAAGGAAGCAGUGAAGGAGUGGGCCGCCAAGAUCGCCAAACGAGGCGCGUGGUCCGCGGUCAUGCUUGGCUGUACGCCGAGUUGGCUGAACGGAGAGGGUGCGGGCUCCAAAGCGAACAGUGAUGUGCGCGAACAGGUGAAGAAAGCCAGAUCUGCGCCUUGGGGGGAAGGAUUUCGCAGCUACGAAGACGUCCUCGAGUGUUGGCGCGCUCAAGGCGAUCUAAGAGGCAUAGGUAUCUCUGGUUGA